AUGGCGGCUUAUGGAGCUCUGGUUUCUCUUAUGCAUAUCAUAGAUCGGAUUGAAAAACAUCCUUCCCCUCCAAUUUCUAUCCACAAACAGCAAGUUGAAUCUCUCACUCAAAAUGUUACCUUCUUGCAGGAUUUUCUUGAUGCUUAUAUUUCCCCGGUUGUGGAUGACCAUGAAGCGGAUCCAUUGGAGCGUCGCAUUGCUGAUGCAGUUUAUGCAGCUGAGGAUGUCAUCGAAUCCCAAAUUGUGCUUCAAAUUCAUAACCAAUCCAGAAUUCGUGGGAAGAUGUCCAGUUUUAUCAACUUGUUUCGAGCUCGGUGCAAAUGCACAACUAUUGAUAGAAAUGAAUUCGAGCUUGGUGUAAAUGCAUCUGAGGAGUUCUAUCACGAUCUACAGCAAGUGAUAGAAGAAAUGAAUUUGAUCAAGAAGGAAGCCAUGGAGAUUGCAGCCGCAGCUCAACUGCAGACAAAGGUCUCCUCAAGUCAUGUUGUCUCCUCAACGUCCUCUUCCUCUGUGAAGGAAAGCAAGAUGGUGGGUUUCGUCGAGGUGUUACUUGAAGUGCUGGAUAAGCUCAGUGGAGGCCAACUCAGUCGCCAAAUCAUCCCAAUUAUGGGGAUGGGCGGCACUGGUAAGACCACUCUUGCCCGACAUGUAUUUCAGCAUGCGCUUGUUAAAGAGCAUUUUGAUAUUUGUGCUUGGACUACGAUUUCUCAAACUUAUAAUUUGAAAGAAACACUUAGAGAAGUUCUUUUCCAAGCAAGUGGGCAUUCGAGUAGUGAUUUGAGUGAGGGCGAAUUGGGAUUAAGACUAUACCAGUAUUUAUGGGGUUGGAGGUAUCUCAUAAUUAUGGAUGAUAUUUGGAGUAUAGAGGUGUGGGACAAGAUGAGGUCUUCCUUUCCUGAUUGCAAUAAUGGGAGUCGAAUAGUUAUAACAACUAGGCUGUCAAACUUGACUUCCCAGUUGGGUGAGUCUUAUGGCGUUGGUAUGAAAUUUCUAGAUAAGCGUAGUAGUUGGGAUUUGUUCUGUAAGACUGUGUUUGGGGGAGAAAGCUUUCCACCCGAGUUGAAGAAAAUUGGAAAGAAUAUUGUAGCAAAUUGUAAAGGGCUUCCUUUAUCAAUUGCUACAAUUGGAGGUCUUUUGGCAAAAUCUGAGCGCACUAGAGAAUAUUGGGCGCGUAUAGAGCAAAAUUUGAAUUCAAUUGUUAUUACGAAUAAUGAUGAAUUUUGCUUGAAAAUAUUGCGAAUGAGCUAUACCUAUCUGCCCAACUAUUUGAAACCAUGUUUUCUGUAUAUGGGUGUUUUUGAGGAAGAUCGUUCAAUUCGUGCCUCAAUGCUGAAGAAGCUAUGGGUUUCUGAAGGAUUUUUAAAACCCGCGAGUGGAAAAUGUUGGGAAACAAUAGCAGAAGAGUACUUGAAGGAGUUGGUAGAUAGAAAUCUGAUUUUAGUUGAUGAGUUGGGGUUUAGUGGAAAUGUAAAGUUUUGUAAGAUUCAUGAUUUGUUGAGGGACGUGUGCUUGAAAGAAGUUGAAAAGGAGAGGUUUUAUCAUAUCAUAGAAAAGACUCCUUCAGUCAUAGAUAAGGAACGUCGUCGGGUUGUUUUUAAAAAUGACUAG